AUGGUCAUAGAGGCAAGGGACAAUAUUGAACAAGUGAUCUGGUGGGAAACAAAGAGUGGAACAACCAAUAUUUGGUUUGAUAAUUGGACCAAAUUGGGUGCUCUACAUUAUGUAUUACCUGAUAUUCCAGUUGAUGAAUCUAUGGAAGAUGUUAAAGACCUGAUAGGAGGUAAUGAAUGGAAUGUUAGCAGAUUACAACAACUUUUUCCAGCCGAUGUAGUAGAGUAUAUUCUAGAGGAUUUGGAGCUGAGAGAAAUUUCAGAUCAGUGGGAUAAACCUUGGUGGAUGAUGACUAGCACUGGUAAAUUCACAGUUUCUAGUGCAUGGGACCUGCUUAGACAAAGAGGUCAUGUUUCUGAGGACUAUAAGAACAUAUGGCUGAAAGGUCUUCCUUUUAAGAUCUCAUUCUGCUUAUGGAGGUUAUGGAAAUUCAAGUUACCUGUGGAUGAAGUUCUUGAAACUAUUGGAAUAAAUAUAGUUUCUAGAUGCUACUGUUGCAUAGAACCUAGGCAGGAGAUAUUAGACCAUCUGUUUCUAAAAGGAGAUUUUGCUACAACUGUAUGGAACUGGUUUAGCAGUGCUGCAGGAAUAUUGAUGAAUUGUUGUCAAGUGAAACAUGCAGUGAAAUUAUGGUGGAAUGCAAAGUGUCAUUAUAAGUUGAGACCAAUACAAAAGGCAGUUCCUGCAAUCAUUCUUUGGCAGAUCUGGAAGAUAAGAUUUUCUUCAGUGCAUAAUAGACCACCCAAAUGGCCUGAUAUCAUUGACUAUUUUGAAUCAUUUACACAUGUUAUCAGAACACCUAUAGUGAAAUGGCAAUUACCAGCAAGGGGUUGGUUCAAAUGUAAUACAGAUGCAAGACACACUAUUACAGAUGGCAAUAAUCUUAUAGCAGAAGCUCUGGCCAUCAAGAAAGGAGUUGACUACUACAUUUCUCAUCAGCUUGUUCCUCUAGUUGUGGAAACUGACUCAUUGGCUAUGAAGAUGUUCAUUUCUGGAACAUGGGAGGUUCCAUGGAGCAUUACUUUAGUGGUUCAAGAGAUUAACAGAAUAAGGAAGGGACAUAUGGUGAAUGUGGAGCACAUAUACAGAGAAGGAAAUGGCCUGGCAGAUUUUUUAACUAACUAUGUUUUUUAUUUUGCAACACAGGAACUAUAA